AUGACGUUGGCGACGAUCAACCCGGCGGUGGUGGAAUGCGAGUAUGCGGUGCGCGGGGCGUUGGCGAUCAGGGCUGAGGAGUUGAAGAAGGAAAUCGCGGCGAAGGGGAGAGCGCAGGCGGGGUUUAGGAGCAUCACCAGCUGCAAUAUCGGCAACCCGCAGCAGUUGGGGCAGACGCCUAUUACGUUCUUUCGGCAGGUCGCGGCCCUUAUAGAAUAUCCAAACCUCCUGGACGCACAACACCGGGACGCGAUCAAAGGGAUGUUUGCACCGGAUGCGAUUGAGAGGGCGCAGAAGUUGUUGAAGGCGAUGGGGGGCAGUGUGGGGGCGUAUACGCAUUCUCAAGGGAUACCGUUGAUCCGAGAGAAUGUUGCCAAGUUCAUUGAAGAACGAGAUGGCUACCCAAGCGACCCCAACGACAUCUUCCUCACCGCCGGCGCGAGUCCUGGUGUGCAGCUGAUAUUGCAGACGUUGAUUGCGCAUGAGAAAGUUGGGAUCAUGAUCCCCAUCCCGCAAUACCCGCUCUACACCGCCUCUAUCGCGCUUUUCAAAGGCAAUGCCGUCCCAUACUAUCUCGAAGAAGAAACAAACUGGGGUCUGAAGUUAGAAGAACUCGAACGCGCCCACACCCUCGGCAAAUCCCGCGGCCACGACAUCCGCGCCCUGUGCGUCAUCAACCCGGGCAACCCGACCGGCGGCUGCCUCUCCGUCUCACACAUGAAACAGAUCAUCGAGUUCUGCCACCGCGAGAAACUGGUGUUGUUGGCCGAUGAGGUGUAUCAGACGAACACGUACAUGCCGGAGACGUUCCCGUUUCAUUCGUUCAAGAAGAUCCUGAUGAGCAUGGGCCCGCCCUACAGCACAUCCGUAGAACUCAUCUCCUUCCACAGCAUCUCCAAAGGCGUCAUCGGCGAAUGCGGGCGGCGCGGUGGGUACCUCGAAUGCACCAACAUCGACCCGAAAGUCAAGGACAUGUUCUACAAAGUCGCCAGCAUAAGUCUGUGUCCGCCCGCGCAGGGGCAGGUGAUGGUGGAUCUGAUGGUGCGACCGCCGAGGGAGGGGGACGAGAGUUGGGAGGGGUAUCGGGGGGAGGUGGGGAGGAUUUAUGCAUCAUUGCAGAAACGCGCCGCACAGCUCGCUGAAGCGUUCAACAAGCUUGAGGGUGUUAGCUGUCAACCCGCUCAGGGCGCAAUGUACCUCUUCCCCCAAAUUCACCUUCCGGAGAAAGCCAUCGCAGCGGCCAAAAAGGCCGGCGUCGCGCCCGACGAGCUGUAUUGCAUGGAGUUGUUGAAUGCUACCGGUGUGUGCGUGGUCCCAGGCUCAGGCUUCCACCAGAAAUCAGGCACGUGGCAUUUCCGGUCGACGUUCCUGCCGCCGGAGGAGCAGAUGGGCGGGUUUAUUCGGAGCAUUCAGGGGUUUCAUGAGGGGUUUUUGAAGCGGUAUGCCUGA